GGAGAACGGGGGACUGUCGCCUCCGCCUCUUCCUCAGCGGCAGCCGGGGCAGCCGGAUCGCGGCGGUGGCGGCGGCGGCUGCUGCUGCUGCUGCUGCUGCUGCGCGGAGGGAGCCCGGGGAGGAGGGAUGUGGGGCUUUGGGGGAGGCAGGAUCUUCGGGAUCUUCUCCGCUCCCGUCCUGGUGGCCGUGGUCUGCUGCGCCCAGAGUGUGAACGAUCCCGGCAACAUGUCCUUCGUGAAAGAAACUGUGGAUAAACUGCUGAAGGGCUACGACAUCCGCCUCCGCCCGGAUUUCGGAGGUCCGCCCGUCUGCGUCGGGAUGAACAUCGACAUCGCCAGCAUCGACAUGGUUUCCGAGGUCAACAUGGAUUACACUUUGACUAUGUAUUUUCAACAGUACUGGAGAGACAAGAGACUGGCAUAUGCUGGCAUACCUCUCAACCUCACACUUGAUAAUCGAGUGGCAGAUCAACUCUGGGUGCCUGACACUUACUUCUUAAAUGACAAGAAAUCAUUUGUGCAUGGCGUUACUGUGAAGAAUCGAAUGAUUCGCCUUCAUCCAGAUGGAACGGUGCUUUAUGGCCUCAGAAUCACAACCACUGCAGCUUGUAUGAUGGACUUGAGAAGAUACCCACUAGAUGAACAGAACUGUACUCUGGAAAUUGAAAGCUAUGGCUACACAACUGACGACAUAGAGUUCUACUGGAGAGGUGGGGAUAAUGCAGUCACUGGUGUGGAAAGGAUUGAGCUUCCUCAGUUCUCCAUUGUGGAAUACAGACUGGUGUCGAAGAAUGUUGUCUUUGCCACAGGUGCCUAUCCAAGACUCUCACUGAGCUUCAGGUUGAAGAGAAAUAUUGGAUACUUUAUUCUUCAAACUUACAUGCCCUCCAUACUGAUUACCAUUUUAUCAUGGGUGUCAUUCUGGAUCAAUUAUGAUGCAUCAGCAGCAAGAGUUGCCCUUGGAAUUACAACUGUGCUGACUAUGACAACAAUCAACACUCAUCUGCGAGAGACUUUGCCUAAAAUUCCAUAUGUUAAAGCCAUUGACAUGUAUCUUAUGGGCUGCUUUGUAUUUGUCUUCUUGGCCUUACUUGAAUACGCCUUUGUCAACUACAUUUUCUUUGGAAAAGGUCCUCAAAGGCAGAAGAAACUCGCGGAAAAAACAGCAAAGGCAAACAACGAUCGCUCAAAGUUUGAAGGCAGCCGGGUGGACACCCAUGGAAAUAUUCUGCUGACAUCGCUUGAAAUUCACAAUGAGGUGGCAAGCAACGAGGUCACAACCAGCGUCACGGAUGCCAGAAAUUCAACGAUAUCCUUUGACAACUCAGGAAUCCAGUACAGAAAACAAAGUUCACAUCGUGAAAGCUUUGGAAGGCGUCCGUCAGAAAGAACAGGCUCCCACAGCAAGAGGGGCCAUUUACGAAGAAGGUCUUCACAACUGAAAAUAAAAAUUCCUGAUCUAACAGAUGUGAAUGCCAUUGACAGAUGGUCAAGAAUGGUGUUUCCAUUCACAUUUUCUCUUUUCAACUUAAUUUACUGGCUAUACUAUGUUAACUGAUUGACUGAACUUUUUUAAAGGACUUCAGUUAUAACAAGUGAAGUACUUACUUGCCUGCAGAGUUUAUAUAUAUUUAUAUAUAAAUAUAUAUAUAUAUGAACUUUUACUAUGUAGAGAAUACUCAUGUAUGUGUGAAUACAUACAGCAAAGAACUGUGUGUGUAUAUAGGCACACACUGAAAAGCAAAGGUAUAUGUAUGCACACAUGCGUGUACACGCUCAUUCUGAGGUUAUGGACAAUGUCACAUAGAAUGCACUUCGAGGAUCUUUUUCAAUUGAAAGGCAGGUGUCGUCAAAAACAAGCCUUGAGAAAGUAAGUGUUGUAUAUUAUCACUACAGAACUUUGAUUGUCAUAUAAAUUUUCAAGCAGCUGUAAUGGUGUAUAAAGUCAGUAUUUAGUAACAUUGUUUGUAAAUGUUGCCAUACACACUAAUCAUAAAGCGAUAGUGUUACACUGGUAAGUUUAAAAUAAGUCGUUUAUAUUGCAGAUCCAUCAGGAACAAUUUCAUCAAGCCAAAUUUAUUUUUCUUUGCUAAAAUAUCUUGGUUUUAUAUGUCAUAAUAUAUUUUUCCGGUCCUGAACAAGCAUCGUUUUUAAUGAUCUCUUGCUUUCUCUUCUGCAGUAAGCAGGUUGAUCAUAGGAGUGUUGCUCUAGGUCUUUGGAGACGUAUACAUGUUCAUAAUAUUUCAAACAAGCAUUUUAAGUGUCCAUCAACAGUGAAAAGAAUCUUUUGUAAGUACUGUAAAUGUACAGCACAUUUUCCUUCCCUUGGACUGGUUCCAGCUGCCAUGUCAUUUUGAAAGAAAACAGCACAUUUUUAGUGUAAUUUAGCUGAGAAUUCAACUACUGUCAAUGUGUUCUACAUCUGCUAUAGAUUUAAAGAUUGUUAUUCCAGUGAAAGCAUAGAAGAUGUCUCAGGUUAUUUGCUACUUCAACAUGAAACCACCUAGCUGUAGCAUUUUUUAAAUAUGCAUUCACAUUAUUUAACAUUUCUUAUAACAUUGUAUGUUAAUGUAAAAUAUAUUUGCAUAAUAUGCAUAUACGUAUAUUUUCUCAAUGUUUUUCUUUCCUGUGCUUGCUAUCGUGAUUGCAUGCUAUGUCAUAUUUUUGUUUCUGUGAUGUUACAACUUUUUUCUCUAGAAUUGAACAAAUAGAGCACUUCUGAUACUUUGAUUCAGUAAUGGAGCAUUUUCAUAUUUUAUUUAUAUACUUAAAGUAUAUACGUGUACAAUUGUAAAGCUAGUGUGCUGCAGUCACAGAUCACAAAAGAUAGCAAACAGUAUUUGUUUUUUUUUCAGCAUUAAUUAUGUUCAAGCACAUUCUUCGUGCAAAUGUGACUACUUUGGCUUUCAUUCAAAUUCAUUCCCUUACCAGGGCUCCAAGUUUUUUCAGUCUGGUAGGUUGUAGUCAUCAAGGUAUGCCGAUUUCAGAUCUGUAAACUUAAUUUGUUAUUUAUCAGAGCAACCUUUCUAAAGAAAAGAAGAUAUAUUUUUUGUAAGCAGUGUUUCUAUCAUGUACAUUCACAAAUACCAACAGGUACAGUAGCAUAAGUAGAUUUAAAUCAAGAAUUCAGGCACGGCCCUGCCAGUUCUCCACAGGUAGGAUUCCUGGGGAAACCAGUGGAAAGCUGUGGCAGACAGAGAGCUUUGAAUGCUAGCUAGAGACAUCGAUGGGAGAAAAAUAUGUGGAUAUGCAUCUACCAAAAAAAAAUAAAAGGAGGGUAUGAUACUGAAAAGUAUCAUCAGUUACAGAGCCAUAACUUGGCUCUGUAAUGACCUGCGUUCUCACUUGAUUUAUCUGCGAAGAGAGCAAUGAUACUUGUGCUGUUGCCCUGUACAGUCCAUUACUGUUUCCAACCCCUGAUUCUUUGCAGCUGAGCUAUGAAACUUUGCUCUGGUCUGAAAUGUAGCACAGAAAAAGUCCUGAGUGCCUGUUCCAUGGUGCAGGAUGUACCCAGGGGCUGCCCUGUGAACAGCAGUGCACUCCUCGCAGCCGCCUCGCAGCAGAGCUGCAGUGCGAUCCCCACCACCCUAACUUCGCCUGCCAGCGCCUGCAGGAUCAGCACCGCAGUCCUGCUGCAUCCUUGGCAGUGGUGCAAAGUGGCUGUAACUGCAGUUUUUAAGCACUGUAGCUGCAAACAACUGUGCAGUGUGAAGAGCCUCAAAGGAACCCACAGAGCUGGAGCAGAAAAGCUUGUGUUGUUUUUUUUUAAAAAAAAGCUCCUCACUAUUAGUUGUCAUCAGUAAACCACAAUUAUGGGCUCUUUACUAUCUCUAUGAAGGGAUUACAGAGCACAUUGUCAUCAUUAUAUUCAAAGUAAUAAAACAAUUAACACCUCCCCAAAGUAUGUAUUUAGUAGAUUUGUUGAAAAUCCCUUCCCUGUUUUUAUCGUACCAUCAAAAUAUGACUAAACAAACAAACAAAAAAAAAAUCUGAUUUUAAUAAAACUUAAAAAGAGUAGGCUUUGCAUUGGAAAAGUUACCCUAACAAAAUGAUCUUUGAGCAAGUCCUUCAGUAAGUGCCCUAAACAACUGUGCUGGAAAAUGGGAUUCAAGAAAAGAGUGGUCCCACGCUGAUGAUUUAAUCACAGUUCUCUCUUUUCUUCAAGCUCCAAGUCCUAGAAAUUAUCUGAUCAGGCAGGGGUCUUUAUGAACAACAAGAGACCUUUUAUUUGUGAUACUCCACAUCUUGUUGAAGGCACUUCUCCAGAGGCUUCAGUCAGGAUUUUUAGGUAGGCAGGCAAAUUACAGUCUGGCCUGAGUGAAGAGGCAACAUGCACUUUCAGGACCCCACAUGGGCAAGAGAACUAAGUCUCUAAGGACUCUUACCACUUGCUGGGGUAAGAGGCAGUGUGUUACUGCAGCCCCUUUCAUGGAUCAGUACUUCCCCCUUUUGUCUCACUGCAAAGAGUGAGCAGUUGUACGUUUCAGAUUUUCAUGAGAUUUUGUAUUCAUCAGUCUAGCUGAGUUCCAUAGGGCAGAAACAGCUUGGUCUUUGAACAGGCUGAAGUCUUGGUUGGACUUGAAGAAAGCCAGGAAAUGCUUGCUUGAGGUUAACACUUCAUCCUUAACACACAUUUUUGUGCCUUUUUUGCUAAUUCCUUUCCUCCAGUCCCAGCACCACUUCUUACACACAGACACACACACACACACAACCAUGUGUUAAGAACAGUGUUUACCUUGACCUCACAUUUUCUGGCUAUUGUCACUUUAUGCUAGCUACAGUGUAUGACUUUAAUGUAAUAGGUGGCUUUAAGACUAUAUAUAUAUAAAAAAAAAAAGGAUAAUUCCAACCAAAUUGCACCAGAGUAAUGUAUUUAUAGCUAAUCAACUCAUUUCUAACUCAUACUACUAUAAAUAACAUUUACACAUCAUUUGUCUGUAAAAGGCAUUAAAAAAAAAAAGUAUCUAUCUUGUGUUAUAGCCCAAAGGGUCAAUAAAAAGUAGAAAUAUUAUGGUGGUUUAACUCUAAGUUGAUUUCAUUCCAUUGUAAAGAUAAACUAAACCCCAGUCUUUUUUUGCUUAAGGCACAUCUAUGUAUUUUUGGUAUUCUUCAGCAGUGGAAAAAAAAAUAGUAAAAUGGAAUGAUGAAGAGAUGCUUUAUGAAAAUAUUGAUGAAUGAAUAUUCAUUUAUUAAAAAGGAUUUAAAGAUCAA